AUGAUCAAGUGUUUGGCGGAAGAUGUGCGAGCCAGGCUGCGUUCUGGAGUGACUAUCAGCUCACUUGGACAGUGUGUUGAGGAGCUUGUCCUCAACAGCAUCGAUGCCAAAGCAACAUGUGUAGCUAUCAGGGUGGAUUUGGAAGCCUUUAAGAUCCAAGUGGUGGACAAUGGCUCUGGGAUGGGGAGAGAGGACUUAAAUGCAAUGGGAGAGCGAUACUUCACCAGCAAGUGCAGCUCAGUGGGUGACUUGGAGAACCUGACAUUCUAUGGCUUUAGAGGAGAGGCUGUGGCAAGCAUAGCCAACAUGGCCAGCAUAGUGGAGGUUUCGUCUAAAACCGGCACGACAGCGAAAACAUUUGUGAAACUAUUUCACAAUGGGCAAGCACUGGAAGUCUGUGAAGCCGAAUUGAGCAGACCAAGUCGGGGGACUACAGUCACCGUGUGUAAUCUGUUUCACCAGCUACCGGUGAGGAGAAAGUGUAUGGAUCCUACGCUGGAAUUUGAGAGAGUGAGACAGAAAGUGGAAGCUGUUUCACUGAUGCAUCCCUCUAUUUCACUUUCUUUAAGGAACGACGCUUCUUGUUCUAUGGCACUUCAGCUCCCUAAGACAAGAGAUGUGUACUCUCGAUUUUGUCAAAUUUAUGGACUGGGCAGAUCUCAGAAGUUACGAGAAAUAAAUCAUAAAUCUGGGGGAUUUGAAUUAAGUGGUUUCAUCGGUAUUGAAGGACAUUACAACAAGAAUAUGCAGUUCUUGUAUGUGAAUAGAAGGCUUGUUUUAAAGACAAGACUACAUAAACUAAUUGAUACUUUACUAAGAAAAGAAAGUGUCAUUUGCAAGGCAAAAAGUGGUCCUGCAAGUAGACAGGUUGGCUCGAGUCCCAGUCAUCAUCGUUGUGGCCCAGAGUUGUAUGGGAUCUUUAUUCUCAAUGUGACCUGUGCAUACAGCGACUAUGAUGUGUGUCUGGAACCUGCAAAAACUCUAAUUGAGUUCCAGAACUGGGAUGCUCUUCUAAGUUGCAUAGAGGAAGGAGUGAAAAUAUUUUUGAAACGAGAGCAUUUAUUUAUUGAACCAUGUAAUGAGGACAUCAAAGAAUUUAAUGAAGAUAAUGACUUUAGUGUCCAUAAUGCUCCAGUUCUGAAGCCCUUGAUCUCUGUGGAGAAGAGCAUCCAAGACAGUUUUAAGAAAGCAUGCAAUGAAAUUGCAAAUUCCUAUGAAAUGUGUAACUUACAGUCAAAAGAUGUCAAAAGGAUAUCCGUUACUGGAAAAACAUCUUCAAGUCUUACAGAGUCAAAUAAAAAUCUUCAGGAAACUGAAGUCACCCCAGAUGAGAAGAUUGCUGAACCAACUGAUCCAUGUAGAAAUAAAGCAGAGAUUCCACUGCCCACUAAAGAUGACACAGCUUCUAAUUUCGUUAUAUCAGGUAUCUCAGAGCAGGAACCAAAAGGCACUAACAGUUCCCCAAAAGCAUCUGAUACUCAUCUGAAAUGUUCACAAGAUCUUUGUUCCUCUUACAGUGGAGGGGCCAGAUCAGAAGUAAGAAAAAUAGAUGACGGUUGUGGUGACCUGCAGCAUUGUGCAGAGAAUUACAGAAAAGAUAUGGGAAACUGGCAGGGCAAAGUAGUGCAGAAAAGCAACAUGGUCCAUAUCUUAAAUAACGAUGUUAUUCGAUUGCCACCUGAGAGAGAAGACCCUACUGAAGCAGAAACGGGACCUGAAACUGUCUCUGGAAGUUCAUUGAUGAGACUGUGUGGUGAAGGAGGAGGAGAUGGAGAAACAGCUGAAGUCGCAGAUGAUGCAGGCGUAGGGGUUCUUAGUUCAAUACCGGUAAAACUGUGCUCCGCAGGGCUCGUAACACGUGUUUUGCAAAGUGAGCCCCCACGUGAAUGCGAGCAAACAGAAACAAAUCUUGCAUUAAAUGAGCAGGGUAGACCCGGCCCUGUUCGUGCUAAGGAUAUUUUUGGCCACAAAGUUAAUUUUCCAAUUCAGUCUUUAAAUGCAAAGGAUAUUUCCAGUAAUAGAAAUAAAGAAUAUGCAACUCCUUACACCAGAGAUGUAUGCAUUGCUGGUGUUAGUGUGUUGUUGGAGAACAAAACUUUGUCAAAUGAGGUGCGUGAGGAGGUAGCUUUGCCUCUUGCCACCAGUAAAAGGCAUUGUGAGGUAUCAAAGGUUACAGAAUUGCCACUGGCAACUUCUUCAGGUAUUUCUCACAAUAAAGUUAUAAAAAGCACCAGAAGACAAAUAGCUGUGACGAGAUCUCAGCCCUCUAGGAAGCUGAGCUUGUCCACACAGCUGGGUUCAUUAGAAAAGUUCAGGAGAUAUUACGGGAGAGUCAAGUGCACGGUGCCAACACCAUUGGCAGAGCGGAGUGAGUUUUGUGUCUCAGAUUUUAAUACACAAAAUAACUGUGACUUUUCAAAGAAUGAGAAUGAUAGUUGUGGUAACUUGAGCACUUGUGAAACUCCAACUGUGGAAGAUACAGAUUCUAAUAACAGUGGCCAAGUUUUUAGUUCUUUGGAGGAGACUUUAUUCUGCAGUGGAGAAACUUCACAAGACAAACGAGCCCUUUGUCAGACUCCUUUGACAUUGUCUGAUUACUCUCAGCUUAUUAAAAAAAAUACCAGUUGUAAAAGAUCUCUGGCAUCAUUAUCAUCCAAACUGUCCAGAAUGAAAAGUGACCACAAAGAAGUAAAACAACUCCGUGAACAAUUCCAAACAGAUUCAAGUAGAAAAGAUGACCACUCUUGCGAUACUGAAUCUUCAAGUAAUGAUUUUUUGUAUAAUGCUUGUCAAACAUAUAAAUCCUCAGUGGAAAAAAUGAGGGAAUGUAAUUACAGUGUUUCUAAGGGGCAAUCCGACAGUAUGAGAGCAGAGCCCAUGAAAAGUACAGUCAGCCCAUCACCACUCGGCAGCAUAGAAGGAGAGUGCACAGUCUCUUCGACCAGUGCUUUAUCAUUACCUGCUGCAAAGGAUUGUACUGACAUCUAUAAAGACAAAAGUACGAUAGAUGAAUCCUCAGAACAGGAUUCGAGAGAUACUGAGGUUCCUCAUGUGACCUUCCCAAGUAACUGUGAAGUCUCUGCAGAUAACAGAGUGACGGGUGAUCCCAGGAAUGAUCUGUGGUGUUCAGACUGGAUGCAGGAUUUUGAUGUUUCCUCAGGUAGGACAAUAUACAUCAACAAAGCAACCGGACUGAGCACCUACGGCACUCCUCCUCCUGAAGGAUUUCAGGCUGCCUGCGUUCAAGAUAUAACAACAAUGGCUGUGAAUGUUGUUUCAGAGAGCGGGAUUCAGUUCAGGUGUCAUCCCUUUAGAAGUGAGAUUGUGCUACCCUUCCUUCCUAGACCACAUAAAGAGAAGACUCUAGCAAGCCAGGAUCUGAGAGAUGCUGAAGGGGAGUCUCUCCAGUCAUUGCUUUCAGAAUGGGAUAAUCCCGUUUUUGUUCCCUGCCCAGAGAUUGCCGUUGAUGUGACCAGCGGUCAGGCUGACCAUCUGGCUGUGAAAAUUCACAAUAUCUUGUAUCCUUAUCGUUUCACCAAAGACAUGGUUCAUUCAAUGCAGGUUCUUCAACAAGUGGACAAUAAAUUUAUCGCUUGUUUAAUCAACACUAGGAAUGAAAUGGAUAAAAAGGCAGAUGGAAACCUCUUGAUUUUGGUGGACCAACAUGCAGCUCAUGAACGGAUCCGCUUGGAGCAGCUUAUUGCAGACUCCUAUGAGAAGGAAGCUGCAGCAUGUGGCAAGAAGAAAUUACUGUCCUCCUCCAUCUCUCCCCCUUUGGAAAUUGAAGUUACAGAAGAACAAAGAAGAUUUCUACGAUGCUGCUACAAAAAUUUGGAGGACUUGGGUCUUGAGUUGUCAUUUCCUGAGACCAACAGCUCCUUGAUUCUAGUGAGGAAAGUGCCGCUGUGCUUUAUAGAAAGAGAAGCCAAUGAAUUGCGUCGGAAAAGACAGCCUGUCACUAAAAGCAUUGUGGAGGAGCUUAUUCAAGAACAAGUUGAGCUUGUGCAGACCACAGGAGGAAGAGCACGAGGGACACUGCCUUUGACGUUUCUGAAUGUGUUAGCUUCCCAGGCCUGUCACGGAGCUAUUAAGUUUAAUGAGCGUUUGACUUUGGAGGAGAGCUGCAGGCUUAUUGAAGCUUUGUCAUCUUGCCAGCUGCCCUUCCAGUGUGCUCAUGGAAGACCUUCCAUGAUGCCUCUUGCGGACACAGACCAUCUACAACAGGAAAAGCAGCCUAAACCUAAUUUGGCUAGACUGCGGAAGAUGGCCCGAGCAUGGCAUCUAUUUGGGAAAAAAAAGACACCGAUCAAAAAACGUUAA